CAGACAAUAAAGAGUCUAACAGUCCAUUGGAGAAAGCAGGGGUCGAAGAAUCUCAUAAACGAUUGGCCGCUAUCUUGUGGGAGAAAAAUGCCUUGGAAAAUGUUCAGAGGAUUAUGAAAUCAAAACUCUAUGAUGACUGA